AUGUACGUGAGUUAUUUGUUGGACAAGGACACCAGCAUGUACUCAAAUUCCGUGAGACACCCCAGCCUUAAUUUAAACCACCAGAACUUUGUAUCAGCGCCUCCACAGUAUUCGGAUUUCAGUGGAUACCACGUCCCCGGAAUUAACAAUGACCCUCUCCACGGUCAGGCCACUGGCGCUUGGAACCCCGCUUACGCGCCCACCAGGGAGGAAUGGCCCCACUACGGACCCGGGCCGAUGUCUUCCAACACAAACCCCGGACAGAUUGCGUUCAACCCCUCAGAAUUCACGGCUAUGCCACCGACGGGUCCGGGACUGCUACCGUCACCCAUCAAUUCACCUGUCGGUCAACUUUCCCCAAACUCUCAACGGAGAAACCCGUUCGAAUGGAUACGGCGCAAUGGCCCACCAUCGAACACAGCAAGGGGGAAGACACGGACACAGGACAAGUACAGAGUGGUGUACACCGACCACCAGCGUCUGGAGCUGGAGAAGGAGUUUCACUACAGCCGCUACAUCACCAUCCGCAGGAAGGCCGAGCUCGCGUCCAAUCUCAGCCUAUCAGAACGACAGGUGAAGAUCUGGUUCCAGAACAGAAGAGCGAAAGAACGGAAGGUGAACAAGAAGAAGCUGCAACAGACCCAGCAGGCCUCCACCACCACGCCCACCCCGCCCGGCCUGGGUAACCCCGGCAACGGUGCCAUGGUGACCAGCAGCAGUGGCCUGGUGUCGCCGUCAAUGCCAAUGACGAUAAAGGAGGAGUACUGA